AUAUAAGAAAUACUUGUACUGUUUUCAAGGCCCGUACGAUUUCGCAAAAGUGAAUCUCUAUACUUGCGCAAAUAUAAUAGAAUCACAGAAAACCCUUUUAGCCGUGAAGCAAUUUUUGAAAGAUAAAAUGGAAGAGGAUGACCGCAAUCAUGAACUGUCUGAAUCAGAUUCUGAUGAAUCAAAUGAUUCACAACUACCACCUUUCAGAGGUAUUAGAUCUAGAAGAGUCAAUCGACGGUAUACUCCUUACGAUCGGCGCAGACGUACGCGAACCGAACCGAGGAAUAACGAGCAUACUGAUCAAAGCGCAAGUGAUAUUCAAAAUGUAUCACAUAUUAGUAAUAGUCAGGACUCAGUUUUUCACGAUAGCAACAUAAGCUCCUCAAAUAGCUCUGUGUCAAAUUUUACACAAAAUAAUGAGAAUAGUGAUCGCAUAGUAAUAGCACAUAACCUUCCAAGUACUUCAAAUCAGCAACAUCAAAACGAUGGUAGUAAUGAGAUUUCAGAACAAAAUUCAGGUGCUCCUUUCAGAGGUAUUAGAUCUAGAAGAGCCAAUCGACGGUAUACUCCUUACGAUCGGCGCAGACGUACGCGAACCGAACCGAGGAAUAACGAGCUAACUGAUCAAAGCGCAAGUGAUAUUCAAAAUGCAUCACACGAAAACUCUGUAAGAAUCAAUCCAGAGCAUAUUAGUAAUAGUGAGCACUCAGUUUUUCACGAUAGCAAUAUAAGCUCCCCAAACAGCUCUGUGUCAAACUUUACACAAAAUAAUGAGAAUAGUGAUCGCAUAAUAGAAUCACAUGUUCUUCCAAGUGCUUCAAACCAACAACAACAGAACGAUGGUAGUAACGAGAUUUCAGAACAAGUUGCAGAUGAUUCAUCAAAUCAGGUGUUUAGUGUAGAAGAAGUACCUGACCUUCCAAGUGCUUCAAACCAGCAAUAUCAAAACGAUGGUAGUAUCGAACAAAAUGCAGCUGAUACAAUACAUCAAAUAUUACAGAUAUUUGACAGGAGAAAUGUAAAUGGCUCUAAUUUUAGAUGGAAUAGGGUAUUGGAGUUCCAUACACGAAAUCUCAAUAUGAGUAUGGAACAGAUAGUUCUGUCGCUUACUAGAAAUAUUGUUGCAAACCCAGGGAACGUAGACGCCGCAUUUUGCAGGACAUUUAAUAUUACGCCUGCUACGCAGCAAAUUGAAACAGAUUUCUCAGCUGCAGGCGAUUUCAAUUAUCCCGGAAAUAAUAGAAAUAAUGACAACGAUAACGCUGAAGAUGAAGUUGAAGAAGAUGUUGAAAAUGAAAAUGAACAGAACGGCGAUGAUGCAAAUGCAAAUGAUAAUGAAAGUAACGACGACGAUAACACUGAUGAUGACAAUGAGAAUGAACACGAAGAUGAAGAUGUUAACAUUGGAGAUGAAGAUGAUGAUGAACAGAACCUAGAUGAUGAAAAUGCAAAUGAUAAUGAAAGUGACGGCGACGGCGACGAUAACACUGAUGAUGACAAUGAGAAUGAAUACGAAGAUGAAGAUGUUAACAUUGGAGAUGAAGAUGAUGAUGAACAGAACCUAGAUGAUGAAAAUGCAAAUGAUAAUGAAAGUGACGGCGACGGCGACGAUAACACUGAUGAUGACAAUGAGAAUGAAUACGAAGAUGAAGAUGUUAACAUUGGAGAUGAAGAUGAUGAUGAACAGAACCUAGAUGAUGAAAAUGCAAAUGAUAAUGAAAGUGACGGCGACGGCGACGAUAACACUGAUGAUGACAAUGAGAAUGAAUACGAAGAUGAAGAUGUUAACAUUGGAGAUGAAGAUGAUGAUGAACAGAACCUAGAUGAUGAAAAUGCAAAUGAUAAUGAAAGUAACGGCGACGAUAACACUGACGAUGACAAUGACGAUGAAUACGAAGAUGAAGGUGAAGAUGUUAACAUUGGAGAUGAAGAUGAUGAUGAACAGAACAUAGAUGAUGAAAAUACAAAUGAUGAUGAAAGUAUGGAUGAUGAUUGAAUUGUUUGUGGGGAGUAAACAACAUGCAUAGAUACAAUUUAUGAAGCUUUAACAAAAACGAAAAUUACAUUUUAUGAUGUUACUUAUAUUACAG